UCGAGCAAAACGGAGCGAAAUCUGGACUUAGUUUUAAAGUUUUUUUUUUUAAAAGAAACUGUGUAAACUGUGACUGUGCAAUGUUUUCUGUAAUUAUGAUGAAAAACCAAAACAGGAAAAAAGUGUUUUUCUCGAUACAACAUAAGAUGAUUGAAACGAAUGCAUCUGUGAAAAUGAGCCACGAAUACGGGAUUUCGCAAGAUAUGACACAUGGAGAAUACGAUCUUUUAUCAAAUUUUGGAAGUAGAGGAGAGUACAUAAUGCAAUAUAAAAGUCGUAAAGGAUCUCUGAAUGAGAAUAUGGAAAACUGUUUAUAUACUUGGCUUUUGCAACAACAAGCAAUAGGGAAUCCAUUGACCAAUUCAUCGAAACAAGAAAAGGCGAUGAAGAUUUGUGGCGGAUUAUUGUUUGGUAGCAGAGGUUCGCUACGGAUUUUUAAAAAACGCUAUAUGACUCAGUCUCAUAGACAAAAAGCUAAUGAGAACAAAGCUGCAAAAACAUUUGUAAAUAAUUCAACGAUAAACAGUAAAGUAGAAGAGGAUAAAAAAGGAUUUAUCGGAGAGAAACAAAGAAAAACAGAAGAAGAAAAUUUAGAAUUUGAAAAAGAAUUAAAGAAAGAACGGAUGCAUGAGAAAGAAAUGAGAUAUGAAGAGAUGAGAUAUGAAGUGGCCGAAGAGCAGUUAAUUGAAAAUUCAAAAUUGAGUUUUGUAGAAAAGAAAAAAGGAGAUUUAAAUGCGCUGGAACAAAUUAUAAAAAAGUAUGCCAAUGAUGAUCAAACUGUAAUAAUAAUGGGUGAAACUAUAAGAAGAAUUCUUGAAAAUAAAAUAUAAAUAAAG